AUGGCAUCCGCCAGCGUCGUCCGACUCGGUCGAUUUCAGAAAGUGCGAAGAUAUCUGCAAUAUCAAGCCCACGAGAACCCUGCUAUUUUUUGGUCGGUUGCCCUCGGAACUGCUGGCCCCGUGCUACUGGCAACUGUUCCCCCGAUUCGUCGCAAUUACUUUGGUUAUGUAACUCCUGAACCUAUCCCGAUGAGCUAUCCGCUCCCUCAGCGGAAAAGAAACCCAGACUUGAAAGGUUACGAUGAUUGA